ACGAUUAGAACGAAGGGGCACACAGAUUAGAGGUCUGAGAGGAGGAGAAAAGAGAAAGGACUUCCACUUUUCUUCUUCCUUCUUUUCUUUCUGUGUCUGUUUGGCUGAAUUUUCUUCUCUUUUUUUCUCUUUCUCGUGUCUUCUUCUACCCAUUUUCUCGGGGAAAAAAUGUUUAUCGAGAGCUUUAGGGUGGAGAGCCCCAAUGUUAAGUACACAGAAACCGAAAUUCAAUCCGUGUAUAAUUAUGAGACCACGGAGCUUGUCCAUGAGGAUAGGAACGGAACCUAUCAAUGGAUCGUCAAGCCCAAAUCCGUGAAAUACGAAUUCAAGACUGAUAUUCAUGUUCCAAAACUAGGGGUUAUGCUUGUGGGUUGGGGAGGAAACAAUGGUUCGACCCUAACUGGAGGUGUAAUCGCGAACCGAGAGGGAAUCUCAUGGGCAACGAAGGACAAGGUUCAACAGGCCAAUUAUUUUGGGUCCUUGACCCAGGCAUCUUCAAUCCGAGUUGGGUCUUUCAAUGGAGAGGAGAUCUAUGCUCCAUUCAAGAGCCUUCUCCCCAUGGUGAACCCAGAUGACAUUGUGUUCGGGGGUUGGGACAUCAGUGACAUGAACUUGGCAGAUGCCAUGGCCAGGGCCAAGGUCCUGGACAUUGAUCUGCAGAAGCAGCUGAGGCCCUACAUGGAAUCCAUGGUCCCACUUCCUGGGGUUUAUGACCCUGAUUUCAUUGCUGCCAAUCAGGGCUCACGUGCCAACAACUUGAUCAAAGGAACCAAAAAGCAACAAAUUGAACAGAUCAUGAAAGAUAUUAGGGAGUUUAAGGAAGCAAAUAAGGUAGACAAGGUAGUGGUGCUGUGGACUGCCAACACAGAGAGAUACAGUAAUGUAAUUGUUGGAUUAAACGACACGAUGGAAAGCCUCUUGGCUUCUGUUGAAAAGAACGAAGCCGAGAUAUCUCCCUCCACCUUGUUUGCUUUGGCCUGUGUUUAUGAGAACGUCCCUUUUAUCAAUGGGAGCCCACAGAACACUUUUGUCCCAGGGCUGAUUGAUUUGGCCAUAAAGAGGAACAGCUUGAUCGGUGGGGAUGAUUUCAAGAGUGGCCAGACUAAAAUGAAAUCCGUUUUGGUAGAUUUCCUUGUUGGGGCUGGAAUUAAGCCAACAUCAAUUGUGAGCUAUAACCAUUUGGGAAACAACGACGGCAUGAAUCUGUCAGCUCCCCAAACCUUCAGAUCCAAAGAGAUCUCAAAGAGCAAUGUUGUGGACGACAUGGUUUCCAGCAAUGGCAUCCUUUACGAGCCCGGUGAGCAUCCUGACCAUGUCGUGGUCAUCAAGUAUGUGCCAUAUGUGGGAGAUAGCAAGAGAGCCAUGGAUGAGUACACUUCAGAGAUAUUCAUGGGUGGCACCAAUACCAUAGUGCUGCACAACACCUGCGAGGACUCCUUGUUGGCUGCACCCAUCAUCUUGGAUCUCGUCCUCUUGGCUGAGCUGAGCAGCCGCAUCCAGUUUAAGGCUGAAGGAGAGGGAAAGUUUCACUCCUUCCACCCUGUGGCUACAAUUCUCAGUUACCUCACCAAGGCUCCUCUUGUAAGAGACCUCAACCACCAGCUUUUUCUUCUGUCAUUUAAUUAUUUCUUCCUGCAAUAUUUUAAAGGUGUCCAAACCAAACCAAACCAAACCAACUUAACUAAUAAAGUGGAAAAGCCAUGGACACUGUUUGUCGGUUGAGACCUGCAGAUCACAGCAUCUAUGUUAAAAUAAAGGGAUCAAAGGGCAAAGGGCACUGUUGAUGUGACAUCUGAUGAACAAAGUUUGAUUUUAUGAGGUUUUUAUAUGUUGCUCGUGAGAAUGUGAACAAAAGGAAGCCCACACUGAUUUGACAGUCACAUGAAUAAUGUUAUAUUGAUUAUUGUGGUUUCGUCUGGUUGUUGUGAGGAAUUUUUAUGGUUCCAUGAGUUGGAGGAUUCAAUAUAUAAUUAAUAAUUGGGGUUUGGUUUGUGUGUCUGGUAACAUGCAGGUGCCACCCGGUACUCCAGUGGUGAACGCACUGUCGAAGCAGAGGGCGAUGCUUGAGAACAUACUGAGGGCUUGUGUUGGGUUGGCUCCUGAGAACAACAUGAUUUUGGAGUAUAAAUGAAGAAGAUGAUUUAGUUGGGGGUUACAAUUGAUGUCACCCAUCUCCAUCUCUGCUUUGCCCUAGGGGUGCGUCAUGUUUGUUGUCAGUGGUCUUCAGUGGUGCUGAGCUUGUGUAUGUUGCUAGCUUCUGCUCUGGCUCCUUGUAGAGACUAGAGCAAGCCCUUUUACAAUCUUAAUGUCAAAAAGAAAAAAAAAAAGAAAAAAAAGUAUCAAUGUGUCGUGCA